AUGGAUUACUGGAGGGCAGUUCCUCAUUCUAAUAAUUAUGUAUUCAGAUAUACAACAUCAUCAGAUUCCAAGAAGAACGGACCUGAAGUUCGUGUUUCCUUAGUGGAGAAUAGAUCCAGGCGAAGUGCACGAAUAUGGAGGCUUGGCAUUGUUCCUUCAGCACUAUUGGUGCUUAUCAGUGUAGGCCUUCUGCUUCGCUACAAUGAUGAGAGGAGGGCGAUUCCUAAAGCUUCACAGGGUCAUUCAAUAAACAUGGAAGUCAGUAAACCGACAAUUGGAGGCCGUUUUAAGCUAAUUAAUUAUGAGGAAAAUCCUGUUACAGACAGUGACUUUUGUGGGAAUUGGACCCUGAUCUAUUUUGGAUACACAUCUUCUCCUGAUAUUGAUCCUGAUGAAGUCCAAAAGAUGGCCAAAGUUGUUGAAAUCUUAGAAACGAAGGAGAACAUGAGGAUCAAUGCAGUUUUUCUUACUAUCGAUCCCUUCCGGGAUACUCCAUCUCAUUUACGUGCUUACCUUCGAGAAUUUCAUCCAAGGAUCAUGGGUCUUACUGGACCUGAAAAUGUAUUAAGGCAGGUAGCACAGGAGUUUCGUGUUUUUUUUAAGAAAACUGAUGUAGAAGGACCAGAUUACCUUAUUGAUUGCUCUCAUGAUAUGUACCUGAUGAACCCUAAUAUGGGAUUUGCGAGAGUGUUUGGUUUGGAGUAUAAUGCAGAGCAACUGGCUUAUGCAAUAACUUCUGAAGUUAAAAAGAUCUCAAAAGCUAUGUGAACCUUUUGUUUGGAAAAUCUGUUUAUAAUCUCAUUCUCUUAGAAUCAGAGAAUUUGAAUGCCAGUUUUUCAUUUGAAGGCAUCCAUAUUGAAAGGUUAGAUGAGAGCUUCUUGGCACCUAAUUGGGCCAAUCGGAUGUUGUAGGAAUUGAUGCAUUUCAUUUAUUGAGACUUUUAAAAUGAAUAAAGCCCUUAUAAAAUGUGGAAUGUUGAAUGCCAAUGUUAUCACUUCAAACAAUUGCAUUUACGUGGGCAGGCUUUUAGUCAUACAUUCUAACUCAAAUUUUAAUGAGCAUUUUUCCUCUCCUGUCAAACAUUUAACAAUCAGACUUUUGCUACAAUAAGAAAUACAAUAUUUUGCCCUAGUUUUUCUG